AUGACGAACGAUCUGGCCAAGAAACUCCGUUUGUCACAAGAACGAUGCAACGUCUCUGUAGGCGCUCUCAAUUCUCUUUCGACCAUCGCCAACCAUACCAUUCGCGCGACCAUACAAUCUAGAGUCAGCAACUUCCAGCGAACCCUCACAUUUUUGAUCGUGCCAAACAUCGCUUCAGUGGUACCAGAUCAAACAGUCGAUCGUACCAUGCUCAAGAUCCCUCGCAGUACCGAACUCGCAGACUCAAGGUUCCAUCGACCAGCACCAGUUGACAUUUUACUGGGAGCUGGAACCGCGCUAUCUAUAUUAUGUGUAGGACAAAUUAACCUCUCACAACCAGACGGCCCAGACCUUAUUCUCCAAAAGACAAUGCUUGGAUGGGUCAUCGGAGGCAGUGUACCAACAGCACAACCAAAUCGGCAGGCAACGUGCCACACCACAACAACACUGAAACUCGAUUUGGCACGUUUUUGGGAAAUGGAAGAAGGUCCACAAUCGCAGCAUUUGUCAGAAUCAGAAGCGACAUGCGAACAACAUUUUCAAAAUACCACCACACGAAAUACAGAAGGUAGAUAUGUUGUCGCACUUCCAUUCAACAAAAACAAGCCUAAGCUGGGAGAAUCCGACACGCAAGCGCUGAAACGGCUCAUAUCUUUAGAGCAAAAAUUCAAACGCGAUUCAGAAUUGGAACAUCAAUACCGAGCAGUCAUCCAGGAAUACCUCGAUCUUGGACACAUGUCCGAGGUGCAUGCAUCACGUCCAGGAUAUUAUCUUCCACAUCAUGGGGUCAUUAAGAUGUCGAGCAACACGACGAAACUGCGCGUAGUCUUCGACGGGUCGGCAGUCACAAGUACCGGAAUCUCGCUCAAUGACACACUACACACUGGACCCAAGAUACAAGAUGAUUUAUUAUGCAUUUUGCUCCGAUUCCGCAUCCACCAAUAUGUCAUUACCGGCGACAUCGAGAAAAUGUAUAGACAAUUUCUCGUGCGCCCAGAGGACAGACAAUACCAAAGAAUUCUCUGGCGUGACAACAAGAAUUGUGUCAAAACAUAUGAAUUAAAUACGGUAACAUUCGGUUUAUCAGCCGCCCCAUAUCUAGCUAUCAGAUGCCUUAAACAAUUAGCGCAAGACGAGGGUCAUCAAUUUCCUUUCGCUGCGAAGAUUUUACAGCGGGAUUUUUACGUGGACGAUGCACUCACCGGCGCAUCCACUAUACAAGAAGCCCUCACACUACGAAACGAAUUGACGCAACUUCUUCAUUCAGCUGGAUUGAAUAUUAGACAGUGGGCAUCCAAUGAUCAAGAACUGCUAAGCGGGUUACCGGAUCAAAACAUCAAUCAAAAACUCCACCUCGGCGAAUCAUCCACAAUCAAAACACUCGGGAUCGUUUGGGAUUCAGCGGAGGACUCCAUCACUUACACCGUCAAGCCUCUUACGCAUGCAUCUCGA